AUGGCGACUUUGCCGAAUGAGGAGGGCGAACCUGCGGCCAACAGCGGCGGCGACGACUUGGACGGCCUUCAACUCGAGGCGAUCAUCGGCUUCAAUGGGCAUGUUCCCUGUGGUCUCAUCUGCCAUCCAGAUCGGGAGCACCUCAUCUACCCUCUGGGCUGCACAGUCAUUAUCCAAGGCAUAAAUAUUCGUACUCAGGAUUUUUUGCAUGGUCACACCAACAAUGUCUCCUGUGUCACCAUUUCUCCAAGUGGAUCCUAUGUUGCGUCUGGCCAGAUCACAUUCAUGGGCUUUAAGGCUGAUAUUAUUUUGUGGGACUACACGAAAAAAGAGAUGUUGGCUCGGCUGUCACUUCACAAGGGUAAAAUUGAAAAUCUCAUGUUCUCUCCAAAUGACCUUUACCUAGUGUCACUGGGAGGCCAGGAUGAUGGAAGCAUAGUGGUGUGGAGCGUCCUAAAGAAAGAGGCCAUCUGUGGCAGUCCUGCUGCUGCCCGUAGUGCUGGGAACCCAACCACGCUGGUGUAUUCCAACUGCAGGGAUGAGAUGUUCAUUAGCGCUGGAAGUGGAACUAUUCGAGUGUGGGAAUUGGACUUGCCCAACAGAAAAAUCCGAGCAACGGAGUGCCAAACAGGGCAGCUGAAAAGGAUAGUUACCUGCACUAUGAUGACAGAUGAUGACCAUUACUUCUACGUUGGCACAACCACUGGUGAUGUCCUGAAAAUCAAUACAAAAAGCACAUUGAUGAGUGAUUAUGGCCCAGUGAAGGAGAAAUUCAGCCUGGUAAUCACAGCAUUGCUUUUGCUGAAGACGGGCGACUUAGUUAUCGGGACCGGAGCUGGAAUUGUAGCCCAUUGCUCAGGAUCCAAAUAUAAAGUAAUCAAGAAAGUUCAGUUGCAAGGUGCCGUCACAUCCAUCACACCACGAGGGCAGGGCCACCAGUUUUUUGUGGGCACCGCUGAGGCACAGAUUUAUCGAUUCUCAUAUUCGGACUUUAAGGAUGAGCUCAUAGCCACCUGCCACAGCGAAGCCAUCCAUGAUAUCAUUUUCCCAUUUGGUACAUCUGACUUGUUUGCUACCUGUUCCAUGAGUGACAUCCGUGUGUGGUAUACACCUGAAAAUAGGGAGCUGCUACGAAUAACCAUCCCCAACAUGACCUGUCAUGCCAUCGAUUUCAUGAGGGAUGGCAAGAGCAUCAUUUCAGCUUGGAAUGAUGGGAAAAUCCGUGCCUUCACCCCAGAAACUGGGCGGCUAAUGUAUGUGAUAGAGCAUGCCCAUAGCAUGGGUGUGACAGCUGUGGCUACCACAAGUGACUGCAAAAGAAUUAUCAGUGGAGGAGGCGAAGGCCAGGUGAGAGUGUGGAAGGUCGGCAAGGACACACGCAAACUGGAAGAGGUAAUGAAGGAGCACAUCUCUUCUAUUUCGUGCAUCAAGAUCAAGAAGAAUAACCGAGAGUGUGUCACGGCCAGCAUUGAUGGAACAUGCAUUAUCUGGGAUCUUGUUCACUUCGUGAGACGUCAGAUGAUCUUGGCCAACACCUUGUUCAAAUGUGUGUGCUAUCAUCCCGAUGAACAUCAGCUUAUCACAAGUGGCACAGACCGGAAGAUUGGUUACUGGGAGGUAUUUGAUGGAUCCGCAAUCAGAGACUUGGAGGGCUCCCUGUCUGGUUCCAUCAAUGGAAUGGAUAUUACAGCGGAUGGCGCCUACUUUGUCACCGGAGGGGAUGACCACCUAGUGAAAGUGUGGGAUUAUAAUGAGGGCGAAGUGACUUUUGUUGGGGUUGGACACAGUGGCAGCAUCACCCGCCUGAAGAUCUGCCCUAACAACAAAUUCAUCGUGAGUGUGAGCGCUGAUGGCGCCAUCCUUCGCUGGAAGUACCCUCAUGGCCAGUAACACCUCAGAACAGCAGCUACUUCUGCUGCUAUGUUGUUGUUUUUAAUCCAGUUUUAAAAAUAUUAGUUUAUGGUGACACUGUUUUUAAAGCUUAGCAACCCUUGCUGUUCCUAAGGGAAAUACUAAUUUGUUUUGUUUUUUAAAAAAGCUAGUCUGAGAUAGUGAGAUCUUCCUAGUAUUAUUGGCCAUAGAGCCAAGUGCCCAUGGUUCUUAUUGGUUUCAGUUCUUAGUCACUGUGACACCCCCACCCACCCCAGUAUUUAUGGUUGUAAAUUUAACCUGUUUGAAAUGUCAUUUAAGAAUCUUUAUCAUGCCCCUCUCCUUCACAAUGAAUUCUGUGCAGUGUUAA